AUGGCGUCAGACAAAGCUGUUAGAGUUCCCCCUUCUUUCUCUGAAGCCAUAAAGGUUGAGCAGCUGAGCUCUCACGCAUAUCAAGUCAGCCUCAGCAAAGACUUCUCUGUUGGUGCAGUCCCCAAUGGCGGUUACACAUCUGCAUGUAUGCUCGCAGCAGCAAAGAUUCAUCUUGGUCCACGUGACCAGCCCGAUACCCUGACUGCACAUUUCGAGUUUCCAAACCGGGCGUCGACCGGGCCUGCCAUUGUCAUAAUCGAGGAUGUCAAGCUUGGCAAGCAAGUCUCCACCCUCCACCUAACACUCUGGCAGGGUGGUCUCCUUUCCCAAGCGCCAUGGAUCGACCAUUCCGUUUCACGACGGGUGAUACUUGCCUACACUACUCACACGAAUCUGCGCACAUUCUCCGGCACCUCAAUGCCCACAGGUUACGAAGUAACCCCAGCUGCUGAACUCCCCUCCGUAUCUGAUUUCGAGGCUCUGAAGACUAACGGCGCCGACGAAGCUUGGGCACUGCAGAAGCUUCCGAAGGCAUACGCCGCUAUGAUGCCGUCAUUGGCUAGGUGGCAGUUUUAUGUUCCUCGCAAAGAACCGUUGAGCCCCGGGGUGCUGGAUAUGUGGAUUCGGCUCGAUAGCGGUGAACCCAUCACACAAAGCACACUAGCAUACGUAGUUGAUACAUUCCCGCAUAAUAUGCAUACGUUCUUGGCGGCUCCGGCACUGCGUGAGCUUCUGAAUGCGCCCCCUGAGCGGUCCGGUGAUUCCGAUGUGAAAGAGACCCGGGAGAAAGAUCAGCAGCGCUCUGAGCUGUGGUUUCCAACUGUGGUUAUGAAUAUGGAGGUUAAGACGGCUCUUCCGGAUGAAGGAGUUGAGUGGUUGGCUGUUCGAGCGUCAUCGAAGCAAAUCAAAGAUGGAAAGUUCGAUAUCGAGGUUCUUGUGCGAGAUGCUGAUGGAGAGAUCAUUGCAUUGAGUAACCAUGUUGCGAUGAUUGUUAAUAUUGUGCGGAAUACUGGGAAGAAGGGAAAGUCUAAGGCAUCCUUGUAG